UAAACUAAAUAUAGAAAUAAACAUUUUAGGAAAUUUACAAUUCAGAGUAGUAAACGUUAAAGAUUUCUCGGUUGAUAUGCUCUCAGUUAAAUAAACCUAUACCUCUGCUACAAUGAAUCUGUUAUUUCGAAACUAAAAAUGGGUUUACUUAUUACAUCCAGUCCGGUUAGGAAGCUAAUGCUGUGGUGGAGAAGAGCAGCAACAGGGGCUGAAGAUGCUUAGUAUCAGACCUCUUGCCUGUUACAAGGCAUCAUGGACAAUGCUGAGAAUCCCUCUACAAGCCAGUCACAAUCCAUGCCCUUACGAUUUGCUCUAUUACAUACCGAGGAUGUAUAGCUGCUACACACGACGCAUAAAUAAGUGUCAAAAUGAGAAAUGUGCACAUUUCUGUAGUCCUGAAAGAGCUCUUCUGUCACAGUUAUUUGAGCACCAGCAAGCUACAUUAUCUCAGGACAAUACCCAACCUCCAAAAUCUAGUUUCUCAGCCAGGAUAAAACUCCAAACACGACUAGCCAUUACACUCCUUUUUGGAGGUGCUAUAAUUGGCACCUGGUGGUACGUACAUGAGGAAAAGCAGCGGAAGCUGCAAAUGCAACGGAUAGAGCAGUUGAGGAAAGUGGCCAUAGGCCAGGGGGACUUCUGUUUACUGGACCACACUGGUCAACGACGGACCAAAAAAGACUUCUUGGGGCAGUGGGUGCUUAUGUACUUCGGCUUCACGCACUGCCCCGAUAUCUGCCCUGACGAGCUGGAAAAGUUGAGCAGUGUGGUAAAGCUGUUGGAGGAGUCAAACCUGCCCUGUGUGCAGCCAGUGUUUAUAACCGUCGAUCCGGAAAGAGAUGAUGUAGCUGCCAUGGCAAAGUACGUCAGAGAUUUUCACCCACGGCUGAUUGGAUUGACGGGCACACCUGAGGAGGUAAAGGAAGCUGGACAGGCUUACCGGGUUUAUGCGAGUGCUGGACCCAAGGACGAAGAUGGAGACUAUAUCGUGGACCACACCAUCCUUAUAUACCUCAUCAAUCCAGAUGGCCUUUUCCUGGACUAUUACAACCGAAUGAAAAAUGACAUGCAGAUUGCUGAAAGCAUUCGUCAACACAUGAAGAAUUAUGUGACGUUAUUCCCUGACCAGCAUUAAGUCUGAUACAGGGACAUUUGAUUACAUAUUGCAAAAUACAGUGUACUUGGAUAUGAGGGCUGGACUUGGAGCUGAAUUAAAAAAAAACAGUAAAUAGAAACAGACUAAAUAAAAGUUAAAUUUAAA